AUGUUUAAAUUAGUUUUGACGGGUGAUGCUGGUGUAGGGAAAAGUCAAUUAUUGAGCCGUUUCACAAGAAAUGAAUUUGCUUUGGGUAGCGCAUCAACUAUUGGCGUCGAAUUUUCAACAAAAGAGGUUCAAAUUAAUCGCAAUAUCGUUCGUUGUCAGAUAUGGGAUACAGCAGGUCAAGAGAGGUUUAUAGCGAUAACAAAACCAUUUUAUCGUAAUGCGUUGGGUGCUUUACUCAUUUUUGACAUUCAGCGGCUAGAGACAUUCAAUAAUUUGGAUCGUUGGUUUCAAGAAAUCCGAGCAAAUGUCGGACCUAAUCCAUGCACAAUAAUGCUUAUAGGAAAUAAGAUUGAUCAGAGACAUAUACGAGCGGUCACUACCGAUGCCGCAAAACGAUAUGCAGAAGAGAAAAAUAUUAAAUAUAUGGAGACGUCGGCAUUAGAUGCAACAAACGUAGAACAAGCCUUUCAGCAGUUGAUUCAAGAUGUACAUGAAGAAUAUACGAAAAAAUUAAGACGAGAUUCAUUUACAAAAAUUAUACUACCCGAUGGAUUUCCUCUACAGCCGCACGAAAACUCAACAAAACCAGAAGCUUCUUCAUGCUGUUUCUAG